UGUUUAGGUUUGAAGUUGCAAACUAGCCUUUGUUGUUGCAUUUUCUGUAAUACCGAAACCGGACUGAUUUUUAAUUUAUCGUAUUUUCGAUUGAAAAUCGAUCCAGUAUCGUCAUCAUCCCGGCUGAAAACGGCAUGGGUUGACGAGGCCGGUGGACGCGCUUCGACAAGACAACGUAGAUCUCCCGAACUGAAUAUCCAAUGUUUGCACGGUGAGCAGCAAGUUCUGUGGCUGUCUGGUACAGCGAUUCAAAAGGUGGAUGGUCGACCAAACGGUGACCGCUCAGUCGGAGCAGCGCGGUCAUUGAAGGGCCGACCA